AUGGGCUCGGUACAAAUGCAGCAGGGCCCGCACCUGGCGCCACGCCGUUCGAUGGCGCACAUGCCGCUCGGCGGCAAGAACAUUUUCCAGCUGCGCGCGGCGGCCGAGGUGGCGGAGACGGCGCAGGGAGAGAGCUCCAGCAGGAGUGGCCAGCAGCAGCAGCAACAGCAGCAGCAGCAGGACCCAAACGCUAAUCCGUAUGCGGGCGUCGUGCUUCCGACGAGCGAUGAGUCGGAGGAACUGCUGCGCAUCAGGCACAGCUGUGCGCACAUCAUGGCGAUGGCGGUGCAGCGGCUGUUCAAGGGCGCUCAGGUGACGAUAGGUCCCUGGAUCGACCGUGGCUUCUACUACGACUUUGACAUCAAGGAGCCCCUGAGUGACAAGGACCUCAAACGCAUCAAGAAGGAGAUGGCCAAGAUCAUGAGGAUGGACCUGCCCUUCAUACGCGAGGAGGUGAGCGCUGACGAGGCCGAGGCGCGCAUCAACGCCGCGGGGGAGCCCUACAAGCUGGAGAUCCUGCAGAGCAUCCGCGAGCGCGACCCCUCGGCAGCCAUCACAAUCUACCACAUUGGGGAGCAGGACCACCCGUCCCACUGGUGGGACCUGUGCGCUGGCCCCCACGUGCCCUCCACCGGGGCCAUCAACCCGGAUGCGGUGGAGCUGGAGAGCGUGGCGGGCGCGUACUGGCGCGGCGAUGAGUCUCGCCAGAUGCUGCAGCGCGUGUACGGCACGGCGUGGCAGGAGCCACGGCAGCUCGCGGCGUACCAGCACUUGAAGGCGGAGGCUGCGCGCCGCGACCACCGCAAGCUGGGGCAAGAGCUCAACCUGUUCAGCAUCCAGGAGAGCGCGGGCGGCGGCCUCGUGUUCUGGCACCCGCCGGGUGCGAUCGUGCGGCACACCAUCGAGACAUUCUGGAAGGACCUUCACCUGGCGCGCGGCUACGAGCUGGUCUACUCGCCCCACAUCGCCAAGGUGGACCUGUGGAAGACUAGCGGCCACUUUGACUUCUACCGCGAGAACAUGUAUGACCAGAUGCAGGUGGAGGAGGAGGAGUACCAGCUCAAGCCCAUGAACUGCCCCUUCCACAUCGCUGUCUACAAGGCCGGCUACUACUCCUACCGCGACCUGCCCCUGCGCUGGGCUGAGCUCGGCACUGUCUACAGGUGGGAUGCAUGA